UAUAAAAGCAGAACGAAACGGCACAACGAGUCGUCGUCUGGAAGAUCCUUUAAUCGUGAGAAGAGGAACGAAACGAGAGGAAUAGAAAGAGAGAGGGAGAGCUUAGUGUGUCGCCCGUUGGGAGUGAAAGAGAGAGACAGUAAACAGGGUGUGUUCUGCGAUUUCGUCGUUCUUUUUCGAGCCUACCCUACCCCCGUUUCGUCGGGACGGCGUUCAAGGAAACCGAAAGUGUUCUGCGUUGGAAAAACCACGGUGAAAAUUCCUCGAUCGUGCGCGGGAAGAGCACUCGAAUCGUGUUCUCGUAUAACCGUCGAUCGGUGAAAAAAAUAUAUAUAUAUAGUGACUUCCCCGAUUCGUUUACGUUAAUGCUCGCGGUGAUUCGAAGGAUCUUGUUGCGUAUAAAUCGACGUGGAAAAGAACAGAACGAAACCGUUAGUAAAAGAUUCGAGGAAAAGGGAAAAAGACGCGCGUGUCCGGCCGCUCGCGCGAACAACACACGUGGGUUCGAUUUUAAACGGGAUACUUAAAAUUAAAAUCGACUACCGGAAAUAAUAAGGAUAAACCCGAGAUUCUAGGCGACGUAGAUAAAGUUAAAGGAAUAAACAAAACGAGAUAAUCUUGUAAUUUAAAAUAGUAACGAAAAAGAGAAAAGAUACACACAGAAUAAUAAUAUUCUAGUAAACGUUAAACCGACCAGUCGAAUUUCGUUCUACGCCCAGAUUACGGCAUCCUCCAACCACUGAUUUAUCAUCGUUAACCGAUUUCGUACGUAGUUAGAGACGUCCCCGUAGAAGAGUGCAAUGAUGUCGAACGGAAUGGACACGAUCGUGCAACAAAACGGUGGAUCCACCCUCGGACAGGCCUCGCAGGAAGAGUCCAAGACGAAUCUAAUUGUAAAUUACUUGCCCCAGAACAUGACCCAGGAUGAGAUACGUUCGCUGUUCAUGAGUCUCGGCGACGUGGAGAGCUGCAAGCUGAUACGCGACAAACUCACCGGUCAGAGUUUGGGUUACGGUUUCGUUAACUAUCAGCGGCCUGAGGAUGCCGAGAAGGCUAUCAGCUCGCUGAAUGGUCUUCGUCUGCAAAAUAAAACGAUCAAGGUGUCGUACGCGCGACCAAGCAGCGAGGCGAUCAAAGGCGCGAAUCUCUACGUGAGCGGUCUACCGAAGACGAUGACGCAACAAGAUCUGGAGAAUCUGUUCAGCUCGUACGGCAGAAUCAUCACGUCGCGGAUACUGUGCGACAACAUGAGCGUACGACAGUUUCCGACCGGCGGCCGAGACUAUUUUCAGGAACCGAUUCCGACAGGAUUGUCGAAGGGGGUUGGUUUCAUAAGGUUCGACCAGCGGGUCGAGGCCGAGAAGGCGAUCCAAGAGUUGAACGGUACCAUUCCAAAGGGCUCGUCCGAGCCGAUCACCGUCAAGUUCGCCAACAAUCCGAGCAACAACAACAAGGCAAUACCGCCGUUGACCGCCUAUCUGACGCCGCAGGCGACCCGACGAUUCGGCGGCCCGAUCCACCAUCCAACCGGCCGCUUCAGCACUGGCAAGGCCAUGCUUGCCAUUAACAAAGGCUUACAGAGGUACAGCCCGCUGGCAGGCGAUCUGAUCGCGAACUCGAUGAUACCCGGGAACGCGAUGAACGGUUCCGGCUGGUGCAUCUUCGUCUACAAUCUCGCCCCUGAGACCGAGGAAAACGUGCUGUGGCAGCUGUUCGGCCCGUUCGGCGCAGUCCAGUCCGUCAAAGUGAUCCGAGAUCUGCAGACGAACAAGUGCAAGGGUUUCGGUUUCGUGACGAUGACCAACUACGACGAGGCGGUGGUCGCCAUUCAGAGCCUGAACGGUUACGCGCUCGGCAACCGGGUGCUUCAGGUCAGUUUUAAGACGAACAAGAGCAAGGCGGCAUAGGACAACAAGCAGCAACCGCAAUACAAACAACAGCAAAUCGAACAGCAAGAAGAAGAGCAGCCCGAACAACAACAAGCAACGUCACCAGUAGCCACCACCACCACCACUACCAGCAGCAGCAGCAGCAACAAUACCAUGGCUGGGACGAUUGUGAACGCGUCUACGACCGAGACGACAAAACUGGCGACGACACACGUCCCAAUUAGCUCUCCGACGCAUCGUGACAUCGUGGACUUCGUGAACGCAUUCCAGAAAAUACCCCAAUUCAAAAAAUUCCAAAUCCGCUUGCAGAUGGCUGAAAAAAUGUUAAAGCUUCAUCAGGACUGGCAAGACUGCAAGAAAGACGACACCGAUAAGUACGACUCCGAUUGAACGGAGAUAUAAGGAGGUUCAGGGCC